AUGAGAGAAUUACCAUUUCCCAACGAAGAAGGUUGGGAUAAAAAUUGGAUACCAGAACCCCCUCCUAAAAUUUUAAAUUUAGAAAAAAGUUUUGAAGGGAGAGAUCUAGAUUUAUUAAAAGAAUUUGGUUACCCAAGGCCAAAUGAUUUUUUUGAAAUUAAUCCUAAAGUUUUAGAUCUAACUUUAGAACAUUUAAAAGAUAAUAUAAAACAACUAACUGGUGAAAUUAGUGGUAGAAAGAAAGCUAAAAAUCCAUCUCCACUGUAUGAAGCUGAUGCUGAAAUUAAAAAAAUGCAAAAAGGAACACUAAUGAAAUAUAGAAAUAAAAUGAAAGAUUACUUAAGAUCGCUUAAAUAUAAGGUAGGAGAAGGAAUGAUUUACUUUAACAACCCACAUCAACUUCUAGACAGACUUGAAUUACUUGGUGGUUCAAUUCUUGCUGGGAAUAAUGGUGUAAUACCCGAGUUUUCUCAAAUAGCACAUCUUCUCAAUCAAAUGAAAGUGAUUUCAAAAAAACAACUAAAUGAUCUACUAAAAAAUUAUAUACCUAUUAUAUAAAAAAUGGAAGAACGAGCUAUUCACAUUUCCUCAAUAAACAGGGAAAAAAGAGGAACAAACAGACCUGGUGAUUUUACUAUUAAGUUUAAUCCAUCUUUGAAACUUGACCCUGAUAAGAAACACCAACUUGCUCUUGAUCGGCUGUCCAUGACUUACUCUUGGUACAACAUUAGAAGUGAUUAUGGAAACAAUAAAAUCAAAUACACCCACGAUGGUUCCACCUGGCAAACAAUUACUUUUACAGAUGGAAUGUAUUCCUACUCAGAUAUCAAUGAUUACAUUCAUCAAUAUAUGACUCAAAAAAAUCAUCACUCAACAGACUCAAGUGGGAAAAAAACUUAUUCAAUUAAUCUAACUUUUAUUCUCUCCACAUAUCGAGUUCUCAUAUCACUUGAUGGUGAUUAUCAACUUGAUCUGAGAGGAACCGAAUUUGGAGACCUAAUUGGAUUUGAAAAGAAACUUAUUACAAAAAUAGAGUAUGGAACAAAACUACCAAAUAUCACAAAUUCGAUUGAUGUGUUGAAUAUCAACACAAGCGCAAUAACUGAUAGUAUUGUAAAUGGAAUAAAUACAAAUACCAUUGCUGUGAUACCAACUGAUAAUCUCACAAGGUCUUUUCCAUUUACGUUUGAACCUAAAAGACCAUUGUAUUGCCCUGUAUCUUCAUUUCACAUUGAUGAAAUGAGAAUCUAUGUGACAGCCCUUACAAAAAAUUUUGAUAGAGAAGUAUACUUCCAGUAUACUCAGAGUAUACGGUAUCAGCAAUUACUGAUGAUAAGUAUACUUCCAGUAUACCCCUAAUGUACUGCAUGAAUUGCAGUACACUCUAAGUAUAAUUUGAAGGGUAUACUUAGAGUAUACUUUUGAUGUAGGAGUGCUUUUCUGUCUUUUUCAGUACGAAAUAAGUAUACUUCAAAUCUACUACAGUAGUAUAACUAACAGUGCUUUAUUUAAAGUACUAUUCUUCCUUCUUUUGCAGUGGGAAAUAAGUAUACUUCAAAUCUACUGCAGCAGUAUAAAUGACCAUUAAAAGGCAUAACAUUGUACUAGCUACUGCUCUUUCUUAAUGGAAACAUUAAUUACAUGUAACUGUAAUUUAAAAUAAAUUGUGCAAAACGCCUCAAAACGGAUGUAAAUUAAAAGUACCAGUUCCCUUCAAUGUCAGUUAAAAAGCAAAUUCAGUUUAGUCCUUCUCGAUUCUAUCAGCAAGUCUGCAAAUGAAACUGACAUUAGGACCAUCACAGAAUUUGAUAGAAACACACAUAAGAAACGAUCGGUCGCUAAAUUACUUGCAUGCAUUCGUGCAUGCAUCAAAGCUUAAGUUUAAAUCAAAAAGAGCAAGAAAAAUUGUGAAGUGUGAUUAAAAUGACCGAAAAUACAGCCGUGCGUUCUCACUUUAACGUCCUUUUGUUCUUCCAUUCGGCAUUGAGCUUCUGCUUCCGUAGAACGACAGGUAAAUAUCGAUGAACGGAGAGUGACUUCGAUCUUCACUUGCGAACUCAAGGCUAUAUAUGUAAGAAGCUCAAGCAGUUUCCUUUACUCUGACCUCAGUUCAGAUCUCAUGCUUGUCCCUCACAUAUUGUUUAUUAGAUUAACCGGUGGAAAAAAAUCAGCAUAUGCACAAAGAUCUCAAAGAUCUAAAUCGAUCCGAACGUUCAGAAACCAAGAUGGCCGCACUCGGACGGGACGAUGAAAGACUGGAUCCUAGCACCCGUGUUUUGACGGUUUUGGCGCGAAUUUCUGAACGCCGCUGCCAAACUCUCUUCAUUCGUUCAAUCACAACAAAGAUAGAGAUGACGUGUAUCCAUUGAACUGCAGAGAACAAGAACAGGACUUUUAUUUUUUCCUAAGCUUUCCUACAUCGAUUUGUAAUCCUUUCUUCGAUGAUUUCAUUUUAAUAAUGGGAGACUGGCUGAAAAGGUAAGUGCUGUCCUUUCCUUUCGAUAAAUGGGUUAUCUUUAUAUUUUUUUCACUCUUUUGUAAAAAGAUGUCGAUUCUUGUGAGGUUUAGAAAGGAACUACAUUUUAGUUUCUUCUCUUGAUCUGCUUCUCCUCAUUUUUCUUUACUAAAACGGUCGUGCGUUCAUUUGAAGUUGAGCUAUUAAGCUUGAUUGUUUUAAACAACAAUAAAGCAACACAGUUAGUGUAAUGAACACAUUCAGUUUAAGGUCUAUAAUACAGGAUUUGCAGAAUAUUCCGUUUUUGUAUUUACUGCCCUACAUGUUUUUAGUGUUUUCAUAGCUCGAUCUCCGAGCGAGUAAGGCAUAAUCACAAAACUUGGACUGAAAUAACCUUGGAUUAAAAUUUAAUCAGAAUUAAUUGUCGAGGAACUGAGCACAGAAUUUUAACGCUUUUGGCGCAGCUAUAGGCUGUUGAGACUCUGUUGAUGGAGUACUUGUGACCCAACGAAUCCUCCCUUUUUUCACCUCAUGUAAUGGAAUCCAAGAGGGUCUUACUAGUAAAAAGUAUUUACAGCAAUUGCCGUGGCUUUUAGGCAUAGAAGAUACGGGACUUCCAAAGCAAAAAAAAUGGGCUUGCAGAGACGAGCAGCUCAGAGUCCGUAGGGUAGAGCAGCUGAGUACUGACAGUGGCUUCAGCAACAGAUGAGUUGUUUGUAAAACUACUGUAAGUAACAUUAUACACUUGACAUUGGCAGAGGACACAGGAUUUGUUAAACUUUACUAUGACAGCGGUUAAAUUGAUUAAUAAAAAUAUAUUUUAAAAUGCAUUAAAUUGCACUAGAGUUCAAUAUUUGUGUGGCUGUAUUUCUGGUAAAAUUUAGCAGCACAAUCCUCAAGCAAUGUCCCUUGCAAUUUAAUAACACUCAAACAUACAAAAUUUAUUUGUUGUCAAAGUUAUAUUGUAUCUUGGACAAUACUUUAAUUUCAAGUCAUUGUUACAUUGUCAAUUGGUUGUUAAAAAAUGUGACAUGUUUCUAGCAGUGUGAGGUUCAUCCAAGAUUUUACUUGUGAUGAAAAUUAAUAUAUUUGAUGGGGACAGGGGAUGAUAUAAAAAGAAGCUAAAAAAUGCGACUGUGACAUGCAGUAAGUAAAUAUGUAAAUUAAGCCUCUAAUGAGGUAAAAUUGAGACCAUGCAGAGAGGACUAUAAAAGUAUACUUUUCAUAUAGCUUGUCUGCCAACUGAUUUUCGAGUACACCUAUAAGCAUAUUUAAGGUGUACUUAAAGUAUACUUUAGGGUGUUCCAAUUUCAGGUGGGUUGUAGUAUACUCAGAGUAUACUUGAAGUAUGCUCACAAGUAUACUUCAAGUAUACUCAACACUAACUUAAUUCCUACCAAAAAUAUACUUUUUGUAUACUUUUUGCAGUAUACUUUGAUUACAUAAUAUGUAUACUUCAAGUAUACUAUAAAAUGGUAAGGGAGACUCCCUUAGCAGACCAGUAAAUUUUAAUGGUAUAGAUUGGUUUAUGACUUUGAUACUCCAUUCAAUGUAAUAUAACUAUUAAAAUAAAAUGAUGAGACAAUCAGAGUUUAAAACGAAACUUGACCCUGAAUUGGGUAGAUAUACAAGAAAACAUAUUUAUGGAGAAGGAAUGAAUGAUGUGUUUAAAUCGUUUGGUUCAAAAUUAUUUGGAAAGACAAUGAAAAAAGCUGCUAAAAAAGGCGCUCAAAAAGCGGUAACAGCAGCUGCAACAAAAACUGGUGAACAUGUAGGCAAAAAGGCUGGUGAUAAAAUAGUGCAAAUGUUAUCCAAAAGUAAUAAUAAACCAAAGGUUACUUUUAAUAAAAAUGUUGAAACAAUUCCAAACAAAAAAAUGACUCAACAAGAGAUAAAUAAAAGAGUGAAUGCCAUUCUUAGUGGAGGUUCAACACGUAAGAGAAAAUUAUAUAAUUAUUAAAAUAAAAUGAAGUCUUUUAUAAAUCCAAAAUAUUUAGAAAGAUAUGAGGAUGUUGUUUUUGACCUUGAACAACCUUUAGCCGCACCUGGAAAUGGUGCUCAUCAAACUAAAACAGGCCAUAGAUUUGUUGCUGAUAACACAGGAGAAUCUACUCCUUUUGAUUGGUAUAACGAGCGAUUUUCAGUAGAUUUCAAAGUUAAUCAGCUGGCUGCUGGAGCUGAUAUAGAUGCAGAUGGAGAUCAAAUGGGAAUAGUAAAUGGAAGUAGUUCUCUCAUAGAAAAGUUAUCCAUCCUAGCAAAUGGUAGAGAUAUUUACAGUUGCAACUAUGCUAAUCAUGUAGUAAAUAUUAAGAAUUUGCUUGAAUAUAAUCCAUCUUAUGUUGAGAGUGUUGCCACAAAUGAAUUUUACUAUCUUGAUACAUCAAGACAUGCUGAAAGACAAAAAUUUACAUCAAGGAGAGUAACACACAGGCAAAAUGCUGCUGGCAGCGCUGAUGAAGCGGGUAAUAUGUUAGAUGCAGUAGUAGCUAAUUAUAACAAAGGUUUUGCAAUAAGAAAAGCACUAUUAGGCGACUCAGCAACAGUACGAUGUGAAAUUCCUCUUAACAGAUAUUCUUUCUUUGAAUCAUUAGAGGACAAACUUCUUCCAAAUACAAAAAUUGAAUUGAAUAUUGAACUAGAAUCAGAUAACAAUGUUAUCUGGCGAGUUGGAGGAAACAAUUGUAGAGUUAUACUAACAAGAUUUCAACUAUUUGUUCCAAGAAUAACAUUUAACUCAGAAGGACAAAAACUAUACAUGGAAAAUUAUCUUAAGCCCUACAAAUGAGUGUAUCUUAAUGAAUUAGUAGAGCGAUCAAAUAACUCUCAACAGCAAACAGGUCAUUUUAGAAUUACAAAUGCUACCUCAAAACCUCGCCAUGUCUUUGUUUUUGGAAUUAACACAGCCAAUAUUGAUUCACAAACAGCAAAUCCAUUUUUAUACGACACUUUUAAUCUGCCAAACAAUGCCAAUAUAUCUCGCUGUUAUCUUGAGGUUGGAAAUGGAAAUGAGUACCCUGAUAUUCACUUUAAACCAGCUACAGAUCCAGCAAGAGUUUUCAGAGAAGUAAUGGGUUAUGUUUAA